AUGAGCAUGAAUCAACCAUUACGUUCACAAUCAUUCAAAUAUCGAUCACGUCCAUCGAUUUACGUGAAACGUCGUCUAUUAGAUGAUACAAUUCGAGAAAGAAGACGUUCAACGCCUAAUAUUUCCCGUUGUUCCACUCCGCAUUCAAGACAUCGACCACUAGAACCGCUCGAACGGACAGAUGUUUGGCCGAAACCAAGAGCAAGUAUGGUGGAGGAUCGUUUCCUUGCUUUAAUAGAUUCUGAUGAUUAUACUCGAGUGCGAGAAUUUAAUAUUGAUGAAAAGGGUACUGUUGUUAGCCGUGGUGAUUCAUUUCGCCUCAAAAGUCCUACUUCUCGUAAACGAG